AUGGGAAAACAACCGGCGGUGGUUAUUAUAGCACGGCACGGCGCUCGUCUUGACCAGGCGGAUCGAAACUGGCACACCACGGCCGAAGAGCCUUACGAUCCUCCUUUGACUUAUGGUGGUUGGGUUCAGUGUCAGGCACUUGGGGUCAGGAUCAAUAAUGAGUUACAUAAUCUUGACAGAGAACAACAGACGAGCCUCGACAAGGACGAAUCUUCUGUAGACGCACGGCCUAGAAAGCGACGCAAGAUCAUUAUACAUACCUCUCCAUACUUGCGAUGUGUUCAGACUGCAAUUGCCAUUUGUGCUGGCAUUCAGCACCCUCAGUAUCACCGUCGCCCAGGCCUCAAAGCUCGACACCGGUCGACUCCAAUCCUUCGCGAGGACGCGCCAGACUCAGUCUCUCCCUCUUUCGUUCCUGACCCGAAUGCGCUUGAACGUACCACUUCCCGGGACCUGUCUCAGACGAAUCGAUUGGGAUACAACACCUGCUUGUUGCGUAUUGAUGCGUUUCUGGGGGAAUGGCUCUCUCCAGGCUAUUUCGAGCACGCCUGCCCUCCACCUCCCUCGGCGGUGAUGGUGUCGCGAGCAAAGAUGGCAUUGCAGAAACCACAAGAGGAGAUCAAAGGGGCCGAUAUGUCCGCGUCUUACCUCUAUGAAUCGCAGUCACCGGAACGGGAGGAGAAAGAGAACGAGCUCGCGACCGUUGCGUCCACCGAGAAGACGGGUUUAAGAGCCAUGGCCGCCGUCGGUCAUUCCCUGCCUAAGCGGCCGCGGAAUGUUUCCUUCGGUACCGAAUUGGCAAAUGGUGCCAGACUUCUCAAUCGGUCUCUCCAGCAGCGGCAGCCUGUGGGAUACAGUCCUCCUGUGCCCAUGUACGCCAUGGGUGCCUCGGACAAGAUUCCUCCGGGCUUUGUUGCCCAUGCUCGAGAUUGUUGUGUUGUAAUCGACCAUGACUGGGACAGCCAGAAUGAUGAUCUGGAUUGGGGCGAUGGGGGUCAGUUUGAUGAGGAAUGGGGCAGUAUGCAUCGAAGAUUCCGCAAUGGUUUGCAGAAAAUGCUGGCACAUUAUGAGAUUGAAACUGAAGAACAGCAAGAGCGUAAGGGAACGGGACCAGAUGAAGAUGAAGACCUGGUCCUUAUCCUAGUCACCCACCAAGCCGGCUGCAAUGCUUUGAUUCGGCUCUUUACUGGAGCUCCUGCCCUGCACGACGUGGGUCCAGCUUCACUGACCAUGGCUGUAAGGAAGCAAGACGAUCCAAGAUCUUUGGCAGAUAUCUCUCCUUCGCGGCGGCGGGGAUCUCUCGAUCUCGCCAUCGCCGGGGACUUUGACAUGAAAAUCAUCGCCUCGACGGAACAUCUUCGUGGCGGAUCGGCUUCUUUGGUAUCGAACUCGCCACGACUGGGUAAAUCCCCAGCGUUUUCCAGUCGUCGUGCUGUGGGGGUGGGAGCAGAUACACCGGAGGGAUUUGCCUUGGGAGAAUCCCUCAAUCACCGGCCGUCGGUCUCAUCACUAGGCAGAAGCGCCAGUCAGAGAACGCACGCCGCAGAUACACCAAGCGAGGUUGAACCACCGACGGGUCUGUGGCGUCGCGGGAGCCGGUAUUCGAGGGAUGAGACGGCCGAGUCUGGCGAAGCCAUCGUGACACCAAGUGUGCAGAGUGUUGGUACGCCUGGCGUUCCGCCGCCGCAGGAGCUCUGGGGCGGCACACCCAAUGAUGGCGAUGAGCAAAAGGAGCAGAAGUCGGAGUCCCGUCUGUUGCCCGUUAGGAGCGCGAGUCAACGCGGACUCUGGGGUGACCAUUCCAUUGCCAGAGAAAGAAGUCCCGGGAAAAGAAGGUGGACAGCAGGUGAGAGACCACGCUGA